AUGGCGUAUGCGCGCAUCCGGCUGCUCUUCCUGCUGAGCUGUGUCACCAGCCCAGAAGUCCUAGGUGAUAUCCUCAGACCCAGCUGUGCUUCCGGAUGGUUUUACUUCAAGUCCAGCUGCUAUGGAUACUUCCGGAAGCUGAGGAACUGGUCUGAUGCUGAGCUGGAGUGCCAGUCCUACGGGAACACCAGCCACCUGGCAUCAGUGCUGAGCGUGCAGGAGGCCCGAGUGGCAGCAAAGUACAUAGCCGGCUACCAGAGGACCCAGCCCGUGUGGAUCGGCCUGCACAACCCCCAUGAGAAGCAGCAGUGGCAGUGGACAGACGGGGCCACCUACGCGUACAGUGCUUGGACCAACAGGACUGCCAGCGGGGGGCAGCAAUGCGCGGAGACCGGCCCCCGGGGCAAUUUUCUAACUUGGAACCCAAACCUAUGCAGCAAACGGCACCACUUCCUGUGCAAGUACCGUCCAUAG